AUGAGUGCUUUGACGUUCGUUUCACAGGAGACCACUGUCAAGACCCGCGGCAACAAAAAGCCCGUACCGGCAUACUUUCCCACCUCGAAAAAGUCAAUUUUGGUGCCAGACUUUGAGUUCUACGAUGCUGUCAAGUCAGCAAAGCGCGGCCUGCAGGCCACCUACGAUGUCCCCAUUCGCUCUGGCAAAGCUUGGAAAGCUCCCAAAGGAUCAAUAGUACGGAUAUCAACCCCCGAGGGCCCGCAGGUGUGUGACUUCAACUGCUGGGAAGCAAACUCCGACUUCAAGGAACAUUUAUGGGCUUCGAGAACCAGGCAAUUACACUCCGCACACGUAUCAACGUACGACAAGCUAUGGUCCAAUUUACCAUUUCUACGCCCACUACUCACAAUAAUAGACGACACAUUGGCAGGUUACGGUCCUGACGAGCAUGGUGGAAGAGUCCACGACUUGCUGGGAACACGGUGCGACCCCUACGUCGAUAAACUCUUGAGUGGCCAGGACAAUGACUUCCACUGUCACUCCAACCUAUACCGAGCUAUACGUGAGUUCAAUGGGGCCGAAGAGAAUGUCCACGAUGUGCUCAACAUAUUUCAAGUCACGGGCCUCAACGAAAGUGACCAAUAUUUUAUGGAAACUUGCCCUGCCCAGAAAGGUGAUUAUUUUGAGUUUUUCUGCGAGGUUGAUCUCAUUUGCGCAAUAUCUGCUUGUCCUGGCGGAGACUUGUCAAACUGGGGUUGGGGUGAAGGAGGCGAAUCGGAAGAGGACAAAAAUGUCUCAGAUAUGACCGGUGUGUGCCGCCCUCUCCGCGCCGAGGUUUUCAAGAUAGAAGACGCUCGAGUUUUGGACUCCUGGGAACCACCAAAACCGGUUAACUAUGAGGGAAACCAUGGUUUAUAG